UUUAGUUUAAAUGGGAUUGUAUUAUAUUAAGAUAAUUUUAAUUUUAAUAUUUGUUAAAAAAAUCAGGUGCAGAAAUGCAAAUGAAUUUUACACAUUCAAGGACUCUAAAGCCACGUCAGUUUUUAUCGCACCAAACAAUGAUUUUGAAAAACACGGGCCGAAUAGAGCCUUUCAAAUAGGCUCUUCAUAUUGGUCAAGUCAAGGUCAUCAUAGUGACACUGAUUUUGUGUCAUGGACGGGAGAGUUAUAUGAGAAGGCUACAAUAUCGCAAGUUAAUGUAUACUGGGAAUACGCCCCAAAGGAGGUUGAAAUUUCAUUUUCACUAACUGGAGAUGAUUUCAAUGUCGUCAUGCCAUUCAGACCAACUUUUGAAAAUAAACGCUCUUAUAAGGAGAAUUUUAAGUUGGAAAUGCCAUAUGAGACUAAAUUUGUUCGUCUAACAUUGAGAGGAGCAAUUAAUACAUACUUCGGAAUAAGGCAUAUACACUUGGUAGGAUAUGGAACACCGUUGUUUAUGAUAAAGUCUGGGAUCUCCUCUAAGGAAGGUGAAAUGUGUCUUCAAGUUGAAGAAGGAAGUGAAGAAAAUCAACCGAGAGUCGUUUUAGAUCUCUGCGUUAACGCAAUCGCAGCUUCAGACGGAAGAGAAUUGUGGAGACAGAAUUCAAGAAUGCAAAUUGUGAGUGCAGUUUCAUACCCAAAAAUGUGCUUAACUACUGUUGAAUCCACUAAAGUUGGUCCUGUGAUAAUUGAUAAUUGUAAUGAUGACUCGUGUACUUGGGAGUUUAUGGGAAACUCACAGUUAUCAGUUAAGAAUGGGAAUGAGUUAUGUUUGACACAGAAGGAUGAAAAUGGUACUGUGGCAGGGAUGGGAAACCUGGUAGAGAAAUAUAAAUCAGAGUUAAAAGUGACAUCUACUGGAAGUAGUGAAAACCAUGAAGAAAAGUACGCAGUAGACCUUGAUAAGAAGACGUACUGGGCAUCUUUAAUAUUCCCGGAUGAUGGAUAUCACGUUACAAGUUUAACACUUGACUUUGAUAAGAUGGUACAUGCCUCAAGAGUAUUAAUAGACUGGGAAUACCAGCCUCUAAGUUACACAAUAGAGGCGAGUUCGGACAAAAUAACAUUUAAAGAGAUUUCAAGGAAUCUGUCAAACCCAUUUCACACUACUACAGACUCGUUUCCCGGUACAGAUUUCAAGCAGUUGAGGAUCAUAAUGAUGAAGCCUCAUUACUUGUACGGUAAGGUUUCUGGUGGAUAUGUUUACGGGAUAAGAGAUUUGUCAGUUUUGACUAAUAAUUUAGUAACGGUUGUUGGUGAUUGCAGAGCGGCUGCAAACAGCGCAGACGCCAGGGAUAAGUAUUUUGUAUCCUACGUCAGCACAUUUGAGCCAUUACUUUCUAAGAAGAUCAGAGGUAUGGAAUCUGAUCUAAACAGCGUAAUUUCUGAAGUAUCAAAUGAACUAAGUCAUUUGAAAGAGUCAUUAGAAGAGUCGUCAAAUUGUAUGGAUGAGAAGAAGGAUUAUGAUAAUCAGCUAAAUUCAUACUCUAAAAAGAGUCAAGAUUUAUGGAAACUGUUUAAUUCGUCAACAAUCACAAAGUGUGACCCUUACACACUUGAAUUAUCCGUGAUUGGAGAAAAUAAAAAUAACCCUGCGGAAGACUGUUUUAAUAUAUAUAAUUUGAACCCAAAUGUAAAAUCAGGUUUUUACUGGAUCCAACCACCAUGUUCCAAAGCUCCGUUAAGAGUUUACUGUGACAUGGAUUCUCACACUUCAAUGUACAUUUGGAAUGGAAAAGAUAAUUCAAUAUCAGUUCAGCCUUUGAAUAAUAUAAGAACACCAACUUCACUCAGGUUUCAAUGUGCUUCUUAUGGCCUUGAACCGCUUGUAAUUAAGUCGAGGCGUCAAAUUGAUCACCUGAAAAACGCUAUGAAACUCAUCCCACUCACUAAUAAACUCGAUUCAUACCUUCCAUUGGCAUAUAAAUUUGGCUCAGAAUCGAAAUUUAAGGAUUUUAUGAAUAUAUUUUCAUUCAUCUCUUUCUCACAUGAUAAAUCUGAUGUGACAAGUUCCAAUCCCGCUGGUGAAAAUUCCAAUUCUGAUGGAUUUAGUGAGUCCACAGAGUUGAAUGACUUACAUGUGAAUGCAGUUGGAAUAUCAAUGUCAACAGAGGAGCUUGAAAGGUUUGACCUGGAGACUUCUGAAAUUUCAGGAAUUGUUUGUUCAACUAAUGUUACAGAUGAGAUUACAGCGCCUUUAGAGUUGGACUGUUCAGACUCGUUGGGGAGGUCUAAAAAAAUAUUCGGGUCUCUGAACACAAGUGUGAUUGUCCGUUGUGACGAAGACUGUUCUCAGAAGGAUAAUUUAUUUAUUUAUGGUACAAAUGGACUGUACAGCGAUCAUAGUUCAAUUUGUCUUGCCGCAAUACAUGCUGGAAUCAUUAGUUCCCAUGGCAGUUUUGUAGUUUCCAUUGAAAACGGUAGAAAAUACUAUGAUGGAGAUAAACAGAAUGGGAUCCAGAGUUACUUUUAUAAUAAAACGUGGCAUGGGCUUAAGGAUAUAAUUCAUGAAAAUGAACCAAAUGGUGAUAGUAAAGAUAAUUUUGAACAUAACGGUCCUGAUAGGAAGUAUAGUAUCAGGAUCUUACCACGUGAAAAACGAUGCCCAAUCAUUGAAACCAAAGGCUCAUUCCUACAACUCACCAAUGAAAAUACUAGUAACUCUGUUGAUAAGGUUAAUACAGAUAAUACUAAUACUAGUAAUAAUAUUAACACUGGUAACAAUACUAAUAAUAAUACUGUUGAUAAUACUAAUACUAGUAACACUGGUGAUAGUACAAAUGAGGUGGGUGAGAUGAGUGGUGAUAAAGUUUAUGAUCCUAAUACGGUAAAAUAUGCGAAUAAAGUAAUUGAGAUAAUGGACUCGUUAUACGGAGUUGAUAAUAAAACUGUGACAAACGUAGUUGAACAGAUUUCUUUAGUUGUUUCACAAGCAAAGAAACAUCUCAGAGCACUCGAACCAAUACACAAUAAACAAAAUGAUACCAUUACAUCAUUAUUUGAUAAUGGAGGAUCACUGACAUCUAGAGUGAAUUCAUAUUAUGAUACACUGGACUCAAGUAGGAUGUUGUAUUCAAAUCUAUUGACUGAUGAGAAGAAUAAGACAGUAGAUGUUUCAUCAGACUUUGAGUUGGAUUAUCAUAAAAUGCCGUUUUCUAAGACAUUUACAGUCCAUGACAGUUCAAUGGCAAGUGGUAAGAGUAAUUGGGGUUAUUCAAACUCACCAGUUGAAGGUCAUGAGUCAUAUGUUGCUCAGUCUGGUGAUUUAGAUUCUGAGUUAAUUUCUGAAGGUUCAUUUGCAUUUCUGAAUCAUUUUAAGUAUUUUGAUUUUGAAAUUUCACUUGACGUUUUGGCUACAAAUGAAGGAUCAAUAGGGUUAGCCUUUAGAGUUCAUGACCAGUUUAACUUUUACCUCUUUGUCAUGAGUUAUUUUAAUUCAAACAAACAACUCAUUAAGGUUGAAGAUGGAGUUCCACACGUACUAGCAACAAAUCCUGAUGAAGGAUAUAAUAAAAUGCAAUGGUACAAUGUGAAAAUUAAGUGCACUCAUUAUUACACUGAAGUUCAUUGUGAUAAUCGACUCAUAUUCAGGGUGAUUGAUACUAGUUUCUUGUAUGGUUCUUUUGGGCUUUAUUCUUCAGGUGCAAAUAGUUCAUUUUACUUUGAUAAGUUGUCAAUUAAGGCUAAGAAUGUACAAAUUUUAGAGUCACCACUUAGGCUUGAAAGACUAAAACAUAUUAAAUGUUGUAACUUCUCAGAAACUUACUCGGGCACUUUUCAAGAAAAUUAUAACAUUAUUAAUCCCAAAUAUUCAACUAAUACCGAUUGGUCAUUCGAGAAACUGUUUAAUGGUGAGCAUAAAGUGAUACAUCAACUGAAGUCUUGUUAUGAUCCACAUGAUAUUGGUUCUUUAGCAAUAUUGAAAAAUGAUCGCUACUGCACUGGUGGGUAUUUCAGGUUUAGGGUGCUACCACAAUGUGAAUCUGGUACUGUGGGUGCAGUUGUUCAUUAUCUGGAUGAAAAGAACAUGUGUCUGGUUGAGCUUAACUCUAAGGAGUUUAGAAUAAGGCAAUUUUCAUCCGGGGUAGCGAAGGUACUUGCUACUGAAGAGGCGUCAAUUUCCAUUUCUAAGUGGAAUGUAAUUGAAAUUGAACUCACAGACACAGAAAUCAAGGCUAGAGCAAAGACUAAUGUGGCCCAUAAUUUUAUUUUAAAGUCACUUUUGCCAUCGUAUGACUUUAAAGUUUCAGCCACUAUUGAGCCCAAUAAAGGUCAUUCUCUGGGCCUUAAAUCCUCAGCUUGUGGUUCUUGUUACUUUGAUAGUGUUCAAAUAUCACAUUCAGAGCCUAAGGAGUUGAAUACAAGUUUUAUGGAAAGUUCAGUCUCCAGCUCCUGGGUACCUUGUCUGGCCUCUAAUCUUCUUGAACGUAGAAGAUUGUGUAGUUUAAUGACCAGAAAUAAUCCUAACGAGUGCAUGAACGACUUUUGUAAUCAGUGUUGUAGUCAUCACACAAGACUUUUAGGUGAUCAUGUAACUCUAAAGUGUACCAAGAAGUGUGACAAGAACAAUUUACUAUUCAAGUUAAACUCUGACAAAUUCGCCACUUACUUAAGUGCAUGCACUUCAUUUCAAGGCCCAGCAUUCAAUCAUUGCAAUUUGGACGCGAAUUGUCUAUUUCACUCUUGUAAGCUUUGCUGUAACUCUGGUUACUAUAAUCAAUUUGAUGAUAAACGUAAACUCAUAGAAUCAACGUACUGUGAAAACAAGUGUAAAAUACCCCUACUCUAUCGCUAAUGUAAAUACACCUACGCACAUAAUAUUAUGAAUAUAGUAUUUUGU